GAUCGGUCGUAAAAAUAUUUUCCAAGCGCUUACCGUGUGUUGUUUGCAAAAUUUGCAGCGUUUCUGUAUCUGUCGGUGCCGAGUGAAAACCGACGCCGUUUUGGGGGUGUACUGACAGAUAGAGAAAGGAAGAUAGAGUGAGAAAGCAAGCGCGAAAUACGAAAUGGUGUCGCGUUUACUUUUCUGUUUUGCACGCUAUAAUCGCAGUUUGUGGAGUAGCAGUAAAGUGGCUGUUAUGAGUUCAUAAAAGUGGGUGGUAGAUUUAGGGGGAAGGGAAGUGUGAUGGAGUGCUCGUUUUCGAAACAAAUAAACUAGAACAGUUGCUGCUGAUACUAUUUAAAUAGUUACACACAACAGACAACCAAUCAGCUGCAGGCCUGAUGCCCCGGGAGCAUACUCUGAGCCCUUAUAUUGUCUGUGUCUGUGUGUUGACCGUCUAUUGUCACUGAAGUGAUGUGAGUAAACAAUUGACGAAUCGGGUGCGGAUAAUUCAUAGUCCGUUCAAAAACGCGAAUGCGACCGGUAAUUUUUGUUCUCACUCUCUCUCUACGAACGUACUGCUGCCAACGAGUAUUACUGAUAUGCUAAACUAUGAAUGGCGAGAAAAUUACGGGCAAAGUGAGAAGGACUCUGUGGAUUGUGUUGAAGGAAACAUUUUUACCUUCUAGCGUUUACUGCUUGCCGUCUGUUUGGUCUGACUACGCAAUCAUAUGAUACGGCAUGGUUGGAGGUUUUCGUUGUAAAUGGAUGAAGGGUACCGACAAAGUUCAAAGUUUGUGGAAUAUCUGUUGUUUUUAAAGUGUGUGAAUCAGGAAGGUCAGAAAACAAGCUUUCCAGUGAAAAUUGGUGGGAACAUUUGAUACCGUACCAGUGAUGGAAAUAGUUUUGAAAAUAGGUUUGUGCGACGAUACGUGAUGGAGUUUAACUUCGAAUAGUUAUUGAAGGCUAUUUUCCGAAAAAAAAAAAAUUAAAAAAUCCAUUCAAACCAUGGAAUCAUCUCCCCUGAAAAACAACCGAAAAGUUCGGUUUUCACUACCAGAAAACAACGUCGCCACAAUACCAUCAAGUGUAAAUCUACAAAAACAACGUCUAUCUCAUGGUACCCUGCAAUACGUGAACGGAACUCUGGUCAGCCAACCAACAAUGACUGGGUCCAGCCCAGCUAUGGGUGGUCACGUUCAAGUUCGUCCGGGAAAACCUAAGGAAGCAAACACAAAGAUAGUUCUUCACUUGCGACCCUCUACCGGGAUCGAUAAACUCGAGAACAUGGAAGUUUGUACGAAGCCUUCCAGUAGUUCACUCGAGAAGGGUCAUCGAAAGGCACCGAAAUCCGGUGUCCCAAAACUAGAAACAAGAAGUUUCCGGACACUCCCGCAAAUCAACCAAAAGUUUCCUAGUAGUGAAGAACUGAACCAUCAGAAUAACACAGGUCGAGACGUGUGCCACCGACACAAAUCGGUUGACGAUUUCGGGUCCAAACCGACGGACCCCAAUAAUAAUGUACAGCAAAUGAAGAAGCAAAAUGUUAUGUUAAGGUCAAUUUCCAAUCUGAGCUCGAAUGCAGGAACUAAACUACCUUCCAGUAGACCUAGAUCAAAGUCGUUGGGUCGGCUGAACACCAGCAAAACGGGGAAAACAUUGAUUUCUUCGCACCUGCAGCAGCACGAAAACAACGUCACCAUCAAAGUGCAGGAAAGUUCUCCGGCACGAAGAGCCUUUCCAGCGGAAAACAACGAACUGAAUUCGAACAGACGUCACCGGGAACAGAUCAACAAUGGGGGUGGUAAGGAUUUCAGCAACGGUGCCAGCACGAGACCCAAGUCCCAGUAUGCCAAGUGUAAUUUCCUAACAGUGCCAGAGUUCAGCGAUCGGUUCGAUGGUAUGGAAACAGCCGUUUCCACUUCCCUCGCUGAGUUCGUGGAUGAGGGAGAGAUGGAGGAGGCGGAGGAGGACGAUGAGGAGGGCAAUGACGGGGAAGGGAACCCCAUGGUGGUGGAUUCUAGUAAUCGAACUAAUAGUGUUGACGCUAUCGCAUUGAAAAAAAGUGGCAGCGCCGUAGCUAAACGACGACGGUCCCAGGGCGGAACGAUGGUGGAAAGUUACGGUUACGGUGAAGGUGACACAAAAGCACCCAGUGUACUGAACGAUGCGGGCUUUAAGUGUAUCCAAGACACCAACCUUGGGCGGGAUAAGAACGUGCUCCAGUUCUGGGACUUUGUUGAGCGAUGGCGUGCGAACCGGGCGUUGAAAAAGCUCGACAGCAUACACGGUGUCAUCGCCGAUGGUAGCGGCAUCAAUGGUAGCGGCAAACCUAACGGCAGUAGUACGGCUGGAUCCGAGUCGUCGUCGUCAGUACAGAUUGGCGGUUCGGGAAAGUCGGAUGUGAAAAGCCCAACACUGAGCUCUCGGAUACGGGCACUCAGGAUGAGCAUGGAACAGGUGCCCACGGUGACAACUCUGCUGCGGGCCUCGCGAGAUGCCAACGAGCACCUACUGAAGGAAGUAUUCCGGGACAUCUUGGAGAAUGGCAUUUCUCGGGAGAAUCUCAACUCAACCGAUCGCAGUGGACGGACAGCAAUUUCGUACAUCUGCUCGACAAACUUGACAAACUUUUUGGAACUAUUUCUGCAGCUGCCGGGCAUAGAUGUUAACAAGCCAGACAACGAGGGCAACACACCACUUCAUUUUGCUGCCCAGGCCGGACUCUCCGACAUCGUCAAUAUGCUAAUCACCAAGUGCCGAAGUUUGGUGAUUGACCCAAAAAACAACCUAGGUUUCACACCUUUGAUGAAGGCUGCCCUACAGGGAAGGACUCGGUGUGCCAAGCUGCUGUUAUUUGCUGGGGCAUCGCCGGUCGAGACCGACACCGGACGGGGUUUUAGAGCGGAGCAGUGGGCUCGAUUUUGUGGCAGACACUCGUGUGCCGAAACGAUAGAACAAUGUGCUCGAGCACGGCUACUGGAUAAAUCCACACCCUGUGGUAAAUGGUCCCAUGAUGUGAAUCUUCCAAUCGAAAAGAAUGCUCUCAAGGUAACCAGAAGUAGCAGCAUCACAACGCAAACAACUAGCCAAAACGGAAUCCGUUCCAAGUUCCGCAAAGUAUUCCCUUUUAAUUUCUCUUCAAAAGACAAGCAAGUGUCGAAGGAAGCGGACGAGAACUAUACCAAAGAUCUGGUAAACUAUCUCAAGUCAGCCACUAUCUGCGUCAGUGGACCAGCGCUGUCUGCUAACAAGAAGAUCAUCCAAAGCCUUAUACGACCACUAGAAGUGCCAAAACUAGAAGUGACCUACGCCAACAAUAAUGCACUCAUCAAGAAAUACGAAGCUGCCGAUUAUGGUAGCAGCGGUGCGGAUAGCGGAGACGAACGGAAGGAUGUGUCGUCCCCGAAUUCACCGGUUCCGGCGGUAACAAGAGGAAAGGUCAAAAACUAGUCGCCAGUGACACCAAUUCUUCAAUACUCUAGAAAUGGAUGGAGUGAAAUAGUGCGUCAAUAUCUUAGUUUUUUUUUACUAAAUAGUUGUUAAACUCUAUCUGUAACUGUUGAUAUUUCCUAAAGUUGAUACACCAAAAAGUGCAUUGAAUUGAUAUACCAACCUUUGUCAGCUAAGGUGUCCCAAACUUGAAAUAUUGUAUGUAAUCUUCCUUGUCGAAAUACCUUCUUCUUCUAGUGUGUAAGAGUAAACAUAAUUGAAAUAACCAUUUCGGAUAGACUGUAACGGAGAAGAUUUUCUUAACGAAGACUAUUUACUACAUGUUUUCAUGAAUCUCUAGAGCUACGAUAUAGUAAUCAAACCAUCAUUGUAGUUAUCAAGCUUACCAAUCUGUAAUAAAAUAAAAUAAAUUGUAUUUCUUUCUACUCAA